GUUGAUCCAACGGCAAAAAUGAUGGGGUGGAUUCAAGAAUUUCACAUAGAUAUCAUCAAUAUCUUAGUGAUCAGUUCCAAGAUUCUCAUAAAAUCAAACACAACUACCAGCAGAAGUAGUACUGAGACCUGUGUUGUUCUUCAGCACCAUGAUGAUCAGUUUAUUCUCCCUCUUCUGCCUCUCUCUCACCCUUGCAGUUUUCUCAAGAUUAGUCUACAAGCUAUGGUUAGGCCCGAUUCAUAUGCAACAGAAGCUGCAGUCCCAAGGACUCAAAGGGCCCUCUUACAAACUCUUACAUGGAAACACUAAAGAGAUCAUCAGUAUGAGGAAAGAAGCCAUUAAAGCUCCCUGUGAUUUAGGGCAGCAUGAUAUGUUCCCAAGAAUUCUUCCACAUUUGAAUACUUGGAUGAAGUUAUAUGGCAAGAAUUUCCUUAUCUGGAUUGGUAAUCAGCCUCAAAUAGUUGUUACUGAGCCUGAGUUGGUUAGGGAAAUAUUGACCGAUAAGGAAGGAGUUUACCGGAAAAUAAAACCUAUAAGUUAUGCAAAGAAACUUCUAGGAGAUGGGCUUGUAGUAGCAGAAGGGGAAAAAUGGUCAAAGCUAAGGAAACUAGCCAAUCAUGCUUUCCAUGGAGAGAGCUUGAAGGAUAUGGUUUCGGCAAUGGUAGAAAGUGUGGAUACAAUGCUGGAGAGAUGGAGAUAUCAUGAAGGGAAAGAAAUUGAAGUAUCUAAGGAAUUUAAGCUUUUGACAUCAGAUGUUAUCUCAAGAACAGCCUUUGGAAGCAGUUAUGUGGAAGGGAAGAAUAUCUUUGAUAUGAUGAUGAAGUUGGGUGUUUUGAUUGCUAAGAACACUUUUAAGAUUAGACUCUUUGGUCUGAAGAAGAUUUGGAGGUCGAAAGAUGAUAUUGAAUCGGACAAAAUUGAGCAAUCAUUACACGAUUCUAUCUUGUCAUUGGUUAAGAAAAGGGAAGAUAAGGUAAAGGCAGGGGAAUCAGACAACUUUGGAAAUGAUUUUCUGGGAUCCCUCCUAAAAGUUCACCAUGAUAUUGAUCCAAAAAGCAGAAUCUCAGUCGAUGAUAUAGUUGAUGAAUGCAAGGUAUUCUAUAUUGCCGGGCACGAAACAACUAGCACCUUGCUCUCGUGGACUGUCUUUCUCUUGUCCAUUUUCACAGAAUGGCAAGAAAAAGCAAGGGACGAGGUGGUUCAAGUCUUUGGCCAGGAAAAACCAACAGCAGAAGGCAUUGCCAGGCUUAAAAUCUUAACGAUGAUUGUUUAUGAAGCAUUAAGGCUUUACAGCCCCGUUCUUUCUAUUACUAGAAGAGUACACAGAAACAUCAAGUUGGGAAAAUAUGAAAUUCCUGCAAAUGUUCAGGUGAAUGUUCCAACACUAGCACUACAUCGGAAUCCUGAGAUAUGGGGAAAAGAUGCCCAUAUGUUCAAGCCAGAGAGAUUUGCUGAAGGAUUGGCUAAUGCAGCAAACAGAAAUUCCAUGGCAUUUCUCCCUUUUGCUGCUGGUCCUCGAUCAUGUGUGGGCAAUAACUUUGCAGUUAAUGAAGCUAAGAUGACGCUCUCGAUGAUUUUGCAGCGUUAUAGAUUAGCGCUCUCGCCAAAUUAUAUCCAUGCGCCUUACCAGUUUCUUACUGUUCAGCCUCAACAUGGAGUUCAGAUCAUUCUGCAUUUGCUGUGAAACAGAUCAAUUCUUUACUGCUUUGUGUCAAUAUGUAUGCAUAUGUUGGUUAUAAAAUGUCCUCGGCAAAUAACUAAAUAAUCUAUUUGUGGGUCGCACAGACAGUUUGUUUUGACUGCUAUGAUCAUGUACAUAUUUCUUGUUUUCCA